GAAUUUAAGAAACACCGCACAGAGAUCUUGGUCAGUUAAGCGUUUUAAUCAAGCAAAAUGGCCGACAAUGUGGAUCUUGAAAUUGACCCAAGUGUUGAAUUUUUGUACAAGACGAUGUUACAAAGAGACCCCAGAAAAAGGAGGGUAAAACCAGUGCAGAAGCACUUAAUUCAGGUGGAUUUUGGCGGGGCAGAUGACAGUGAUGAUAGUGAUUUUGAAUUAGACAAACAUCACAAAGGAUUUGAUGACUCAGAUGAGGAAGAGGAUGACAAUCAACAGUCUGAAGAAGAAGAAGAUGAGGAGGAGGAGGAGGAGGAGGAAGAGGUUUCUGAAGAGGACAAAAAAGAGAAGAAAACAGACGAGGGUUUAGAACCAGACAGUGUACUGGAUGAAUCAGGCAGCUGUUUGUCUAAAGAUGAUGCUGAAAGAACAGAAAAGAGUGAUGGAGUAGUCCCCUACAUUCCAUUCAAACACAAGCCAAUCAAGGUCACCAUCUGCUGUGUGUGUUUAGGAGACAUCAGUGAGGAGGAUGAUGAGAUUGUUGAGUGUGAUAAUUGUGGAGCAUCCGUGCAUGAAGGUUGUUACGGAAUCAGUGAGAAUCAUUCAUCAUGUAGCACCGAGUCGUCAGCCAGCACUGAACCCUGGUUUUGUGAUGCUUGUAAAGCAGGACUUAAACCAAUCUGUGAAUUGUGUCCAAAUCCUGGAGGUAUAUUCAAAGAAACAGAUGCAGGAAAAUGGGUUCACCUGGUAUGUGCACUGUACACCCCUGGUGUUGCCUUUGGUGAUGUAGAUAAACUCAGUCCAGUUACUUUGUUUGAGAUGCCAUACUCACGCUGGGGUGCCAGAGAGUGUUCAUUGUGUGAAGAUGCCAGAUUCAGUAGAACUGGAGUAUGUAUCAGCUGUGAUGCAGGGAUGUGUAGAACAUAUUUCCAUGUCACAUGUGCUCAGAGAGAAGGACUGCUAUCUGAAGCUGCCCCUGAAGAGUGCAUGGAUAUAGCUGAUCCAUUUUUUGCCUACUGUAAAAUGCAUGCAGAGAAGGUGAUGUCUCGAGCCAAGAGAAGAAAUUGGCUAGCAAUACAAUCUCACAUUAGAAAACAUCCAGAGAAAAAAAUUGAAGAUGAAAAGGAAAAAACUAGAUUUGAAAGAAAGUUGAGGCGACACCAGGCAAAAUAUCAGAAUGCAAAACUAAAAAGACCACCCUCAUGGGUGCCUACACAGAAACUUGUUAGACAUUUGACAUCAAGUCCUGCUGCUGUAAAGAAAAUGUUAAGAAAAGCAGAACUUAUGGGCAUCAUAACACAGUCCCAGCAUAUUACCCAUGAGAAACAAGAAAUAAGGAAGAAAUCCUUUAUGGUGCCCUCUUUCUCUGUGGAGUUCAUCACCCAUUUCUUAGAGAGGAACACAAAGAUAGAGAACAUGAAGACUUGUAUGAAGGAUAUCGUGUCACAAAAUGAAAAACUUCAGGAACAGGAAAAAAUUCUACGCAGAAAGUACGAUCAGUUGUAUUCUGAUGUGGAGGGUUUGAGACACUGUGCCAACGAAAAAAGAAAAACGGGGGAGAAGUUAUGGAACCUGUUGAAUGACUUAUCAGACAAGAAAUUUCCUAUCCCAGAAGAUUUUAGAGUUCGUAAGCCGUCCCCUUCUCGAGUGAUCAGUCGUAAGAACAGUGUAACACCAGCUGUCAUACACCAAUGUGCGUUGUGCCAUAAAACAAACAACCAGCAUUUUCUGGCCCACUGUGAUAGCUGCAAAGAGUACUACCACCUCGGAUGUUUGGAUCCACCACUCACACGUAUGCCAAAGAAAACCAAAAUCAUGGGCUGGCAGUGUUCAGAAUGUACGAAAUCCAGCAGCGGCGAGUCAGAAGUGGAGACCAAAGAUCUAGAUGCCCCUCGCAAACUCCGCGAAAAGAUCAAGGAGCCCACAAAGUGGUCACCUGAUAUGAAGUUCAAAUUUGAAUUUGAGAAGUUGACAAGGUACAAUAUGAAGGCAAAGAAAAGGAAGAAAAAGAAGAAACCAGGAAAACAAGGAGAGGAAAAUGACGAAGAUUCCAAGCCAAAGAAGCCAAGACAGUCUCUGGGGUCAGCAAAUAAGAAAGCCAAAGUGGAUGAGAUUCCAGAGGGCAUGACCUGUGCUGUGUGUAGUAAGCCUGGGGAUAGCUCAGGCAUGGUCAAGUGUGAUGAAUGUAAAUUGUGUUACCACUUUGGAUGUUUGGAUCCACCCAUGAAGAAGACCCCCAAACAGAGAGGUUAUUCCUGGCACUGUGAAGCAUGUGACCCCUCAAACAGCUCAGAAGAGGAUGAUGAGGUCAUCACUAGUAAACCAGAGGAUGAGUGAUUGUGAGAUCUUAUGACAAGACACUGAAGUAUAUUGAGAGACUACCAUUGUAUUGUGUUCAAAGAGCAUUCAGUCAUUGAGGCUGUUUCUUUAUGAAGAUAAAUCUGAGUGAAAUUUAAUGCGGAACAUGCUUUCUUUGAUUUGUUAUUACAGUGGUUCAUUGUUUUGACUCUUUAAAUCAUAAUUAGGGCAUUUAAUCAAUAAGUGGCUAUUAUUUUUGAACAAAAAAUUACAGAUCCAUGUACUUAAUGUAGUUAACACAUUCUCGUCUUGUUUAGUUCCCAAAGUAAUUGAAGCAAUAUAGUGGGGUUUUUUUUUUUAUACAUGCUUAUUUGAAAAGUUGUUUUUGAAUAUCAAAGUGGUCAAAAUAAAGAAGAUAAAUUUGUUCAGAUUUCUUUUCAGUAUAAUAUGAAUAAUGUUUUUCAGUAUAAUAUGAAAUAAUGUUUUUCAGUAUAAUAUGAAAUAAUGUUUGUAUAUGAAAGAUAGAUUAAAAAGAUUGAAAGCAUUGUACCUGU